UUGUACUUAUAAAUAGUUGAGUUACUUCUUUUAUUGUGUAUGCUAGGCUACUUUUUUUAUUGUGUAUGCGCUCACCUCUAGCUAUAUAAACAUUGCUUACAUUGUCCAAAUUAUUAGAGAGAGAGUUGCUUACAUUGUCCAAAAUAUUAGAGAGAGAGAGAGAGAGAGAGAGAUUUAGAGAGAGAAUGGAAGAUAAUAAAGGUUACAGAGCUCACGUGUUGGUAGUUCCUUAUCCUGCUCAAGGUCAUAUAAACCCAUUUCUCCAGUUCUCCAAGCGCGUUGCCUCCAAGGGCAUCAAAGUGACUCUAGCCAACACCAUCUUCAUCGCCAACUCUUUGCAGCCCAAAUCAUCCGGCUCCGUCCACUUCGACACCAUCUCCGAUGGCUACGAUGAAGGCGGAUUUGCCCGAGCUGAGAGCAUCGACGAAUAUCUAUCCCGGAUGGAAGCCGUGGGAUCCAAAACCCUAGCCGAGCUCAUUACAAAGCAUCAAAACUCACCCCACCCUAUAAAUUGCAUUGUUUACGAUCCCUUUUUACCUUGGGCUUUGGAAGUAGCCAAACAAUUUGGUGUACUUGCCGGUGCCUUUUUUACUCAAACAUGCACGGUCAAUUACAUUUACUAUCUCCAGCAUCGUGGGAAACUGACGGUUUCUUCUAUCCCGGGCUUGCAUGUGCUCGAGCCCCAAGACUUGCCGUCCUUCAUUUCUGUCCCGGGCUCCUAUCCCGCUUACUUUGAGAUGGUGUUGAACCAGUUUUUAAACACCCACAAAGCUGAUUUCAUUUUUGCCAAUACCUUCUAUAAGUUAGAGCAAGAGGUGGUGGACUCCAUGUCAAAAGAUUGUUCAAAUUUGUUGACAAUAGGGCCGACAGUCCCAUCUACUUACUUGGACAACAGCAUCAAAGACGACAAGGAUUACGGGCUUCAUCUUUUCAAGUCCGACUCGACCUGCACCGACUGGCUCAACACCAAGCCAGCAGGCUCGGUUGUAUACGUGGCGUUUGGUAGCAUGGCCAAUCUUAGUGACAAGCAGAUGGAGGAGCUUGCAUUUGGGCUGAAGGAAAGCGGCGUCCACUUCUUGUGGGUGGUUAGGGCUUCGGAGGAGGCAAAGCUUCCCCCCAAGUUUGUCCAAGAGACAAGUAACGGCGGUAAAGGGUUAGUGGUAAAAUGGAGCCCUCAGUUGGAGGUGCUGUCGCAUGCGGGGGUGGGGUGUUUUUUCACACACGGCGGGUGGAAUUCGACGAUCGAGGCAUUAAGCUUGGGAGUGCCAAUGAUUGCAAUGCCGCAGUGGACCGACCAGCCCACUAAUUCCAAGUUAGUUGAGGCUGUUUGGAAGGUUGGUGUUAGAGUGAAGGUUGAUGAGAACGCUAAUGGGAUUGUAGGAAGAGAUGAGAUUAAGCGCUGCAUUAGGAAAGUGAUGGGAGAUGACAAGGAUGGAAAUGAAAUGAAAAAGAAUGCCAAGAAAUGGAGGGAGUUGGCGAUCGAGGCUGUGAGUGACGGUGGCACUUCGGAUAACAACAUCCAACAAUUCGUGUCCAAAUUGACAUCCACAGCUUAAUUAUUAUUUAGUAUUGAAUCAUCGUUGUUGCAUUCCAUUGUUUAUUUGUAUUCUUCUCAUAUGCAUAAAAGUGAGAAUUUUUAUGUUUUAUU